UACUCAUCCUAUUUCCGCUAUUCUUGACGGGACUAAUUAUGUCCUAUGGGCACAAGCUAUGUCUGGCUUCCUCAAAGGAAAGAAACUUUGGCGCAUCAUUACUGGGGAUGUGUGCAAACCAGUUCCAGAGACCACAGAUUCCACUGCCACGGACUCCACUGCCAAAUAUAUCGACCGACUGGAAGAUUGGGAUAGUAAAAACUAUCAGAUCAUCACUUGGUUUCGCAAUACUUCUAUUACAUCUAUCAGCCUUCAGUUUGGUCGGUUCCAACUUGACUCUGCUUCCUCUCCUGCCAAAGCCAUCUGGGAUUUUUUACAAGAACGCUAUCAGACUACUGGCCUUGCUCACCAAUAUCAGCUUCUGAGUCAUCUUCACGGUAUGCGCCAAGAAACCACUCAAACCAUUAAUGAUUUUCUCUCCCAAAUGUAUUAUGCUUGGGAUCAGCUUGCUCUUUCUGAACCUCCAUGGGACUGUACUAAGGAUGCUACCAUGUUUACUACUUACCGUGACCAACAGCGCUUGGUUCAGUUUCUCAUGGCUCUCACUCCUCGAUUUGAGCCAGUACGCGCAUCUCUCCUUCAUCGAACUCCUUUACCCACUCUUGAGCAAGCAAUUUCAGAACUAUUGUCCGAGGAAACUAGAUUUGGUACUCUCCAUCCGCACCCUGUGGACUCUGUUCUUGCCACUCCACAGAUUCGGAGCUCUCCCUCCUCACCUUCACCACAGAGGUCCAAUGCCUGCAAUUACUGUCACAACCGCAAUCUUCCAUCGACUCAUCUUCUGGUUAAUUGUCCAGUUCGUCUUUGUCGGUUUUGCAACAAGACUGGCCCUGGUCAUCUCCAGCAAGAUUGCUUCCGCAAUCCCGCCCGUGCCUCUCGCAAUGGUCCUUCCACCAGGAAUUUUUCUCGCAACCACUCUCACCGUUCUGGGACUCCGUUUAAACCAAUACCUGCUCAACGCACUACUGCUGCUGCCUCCGAGGAUUUACCUUCCUCUGUUCCUAUAGACCCUUCCACUCCAGUCUUCUCUCAAACCGAUGUCACAGCCAUGUUUCAACAUUUUUUGCAGAAUUCCGGUACUCCUCCAUCUACUGCUUUAUCUGUCACCGCAGGGCCCUCGGACGGGGCAAACUCUUGGGAUAGGCCGUAAGCAUGGACGUCUCUACGAACUCAUCCAUCUUCAUGUUCCAGAUUUCUCUCAGAUCACAGCUCCUACCACUACUACCACUGCUACCACUGCUCCUCCUUUAUCUCCUUUUCAGCUUUGGCAUUGUCGUUUAGGCCAUCUUUCUGUUGGUCGUUUAAAAUCUCUAAUUUCCAGUGGUCAUUUAGGUCAUGUAAGUUCUGAUGUUUUAGAUUGUGUGUCCUGUCAACUUGCCAAAUAACCUGCUUUGUCGUUUAAUAAAAGUGACUCUGUUUCUCUUGCACCAUUUGAUCUCAUUCAUUCUGAUAUUUGGGGACCUUCUCCUACUCCUACUAUGGAAGGCGCGCGCUAUUUUGUUGUUUUUAUAGAUGAUUUUUCCCGUUUUACCUGGUUGUUUCUUAUGAAAAAUCGCUCUGAGCUCAAACAACUUUAUUACAAUUUUGCUACAAUGGUUAAAACACAAU